GGGCUGCGCCGGAACGACGAGUUUUGCUUUUCCGACAAAGGUCAAUGCCUCGCAUUCACACGAUUCCCCCUUCCAGGCUUAUAUAUAAGAAGGGUUUCUGCGAAACGUCCUACAAAUUUGCUAGAUACAUUAACUUCGGAGCCAACAUAAUGAAGGUCCUAGUUUUUGUGGCAAUAAUAUCAAGUCUAAUGAUUAUUUCAUUAGCACAAGAAGGAAACCAGCCUGCAGUUUUACCAGCAGGUGGUCCACCUGUUAUCAGCCGCUGUUGUUUAUAUGGAUGGUAUGAUUGUUGUGGAUACUUAUUUGGAUAUCGUUAUGGACAAUUACCACCCCAAUACCCAAAAUACCCACCACUUCCACUCUCAAGCAAUUACAUUUAUUGAGAAGAGUGAUAUUUAUAUUAUUAUGCCAUAUUUCACAUCGUAUAAAAAGUUAUUUCAUCAGCCCAUGAACUGUAAACCAUUUUUGCUGGAAUAUGAUAGUGUUUUUCAAAUCAUUAGUGUGUAUGUCUAAAUAUGAAAACUUAUGUUAUUUGGCUGAAAGACAGAAGCCAUGUAUAUUUUAAAUAAAAAUUAUGUUUAUUUAA